AUGUCCAAUGCUAAGGCCGUUUCCAGUUCUAUGUCCUCAACACACACUCUAAAACUCUUUGAUGGUGGUCCAUUUUGUGAUCUUACUCUCUACCGGAGUACUGUUGGGGCCCACCAAUAUGUUUUGCUCACAAGACCUGAUCUAUUCUUCACUGUUAACAAAGUUUGUCAGUUUAUGCACCGUCUCACUGUCAUUCACUGGACUGCUGUGAAGCGCAUUCUUCAGUAUCUCAAAGAAACACCUCAUCAUGGAUUGAAGUUUAACCCACAAAUAUCCCCAAAUCUACAAGCCUUCUCCAAUGCUGAUUGGGUUGGUUGUCCUGAUGAUCGCCGAUCCACAAGUGGCUACCUCAUCUAUUUUGGAUCAAAUUUAAUUUCUUGGACGUCUUGGAAACAACAUAUAGUAGUAGCUCACUCUAGCAUGGAAGCUGAAUACCGUGCACUAGCCAACUCCACAGCUAAACAUAUUUAG